AUGCGCGAUUAAAUGAAAUAGUCAGUUAAACAGAUGCCGACGACGACAACAAAUUGUGUUUUCUCAAUAUCAGAAAUCGGCAAAGCCUGCAAUGCCCGAGAAUAGUGUGCCAAGGAAUAACGAAGUGCAAUAAAUCGGAAAGCCGGAUUGACUUUGAAUACCAAAGGAAUUGAAAUCAGAAACGCACAGUGAAAAAAAAAAGAGGAACAACAAUAAGCAGAGAAUAAACACGAACGGAUACAACAAAUAUGAAUAUGCUUUCCUCGAACGUUCUCUGCAUGAAGAAAAGGAAAAAGAAGAGCUAUUGUGUUUCCAAUGUAUCGGAUUAUGGAGGGAAAUAUCGGGAUAAAAGAGGACACAGCGGAGUCACGAUGCUGCACAUUACGGAAGACACUCCACCGGAUAUGCUUGCAGGAGCCAUGGAUCUUACCGUACAUUUACCAAAUGGAAGGCAGGUCAAGAUGUCCGUCGAGCGAAGAACACCUAUGAUGGAUGUUCUGGUUCAAAUUACAACUGCACACCAUUUGCAAUUGUCGAGUCACUCAAUUCAAGCCUUGGGCAUAGCCCCAUCCUCCCAGCAUAACGACAAAGUGUUGCCUUACAAACCAAACACACCGAUAGGAACACUGGACACGCAACACAUAAGAGUAAUACCAAAAGGACGGAGUCUGCCCGUGCCUAAAAAUGUCCCUCCAGGUCAUCAGCCGUUCGUGAGCACAUUCAGGCUGCGAGUGCAUCUACCUAGGAACCAGUUGUACGUAUCGAGGGUGAGCAUGAACGCUCGCCUCGAGGAUAUCAUGAAGGAAGUGUGCGACGAGAAAAAUUUAGACCAAUCCAAAUACGAAUUCAGGCAUCCAGCUAACCUCGAUCAAGUGCUGGACCUCAAAUUGACUUUGAACGAUUACCAGAUUACUGAGAUCCAUUUCGUUUCGAAAGGAAAUUCAAGACUGAGCCAAGCCUUUUCGGCCAGCGAUAUAAUGGCCUUACGCAAAGACGAAGAGAGGAAGCAAUCGAAAUCCGGCGGAGUGUUUAAUUUGAUAUUCAAAAGAAGCAAAACGAGCAACGGUUCUGGAUCUCUAUCGAGCGACAAUAGAUCCAUAUCACCUACACACAGCGACGAUUCGCGAUCCGUCACUCCGCCAGGUGUGCAACAAGUCAACAAUUCGGAAAAACCGAAGGCACCUCUGAGGAAGAGGAGGCCCGCACCGAAACCCCCAGCAAAGGAGGAGACGAGGAACGUCGAGAAUCAAGUGAGGAAAACGGAAAGCGGAUUAACCAUCUGUCAUUCGAGAAACAGCAGUGACAGUUCCGGUUAUCAUGAGGCUUCUAUACUUAGCGACAACGCAAAUACUUCCUUGCCUCGACGACCGCAAACCUUGCUGAUGAGUAGAGAAGCCGACAAACUGAACGGCGUACAUAGCAAGAGCACCAGCAACCUCUCUUCGAUGUCAUCCAAAUCUAAAUCGACUUCCAGCUUAGCUUUUGCAGGUCGAAAAAAGAAGGCUCCUCCACCACCGCCAGUUCUAAAUGCAGCCUGUUCUGUAGACAACCUAGAAGCUAGUCCUGUAGUUGAUAGUCCCGUAGAACAGUCAGAUUUAGCCUCAACACAAUGCACUAGUAACUCGGAUAUACCGACACCUGUACCCAGGCAAAGAAAUUGUCCAAAACCUAAACCAAGAAUAUUACUUAAUAGAAACAGCAUUGAUAGCAACAGCUCAUAUAGCGCAUUAGAAGAAUAUACACCCGAUGCUAUGUCUACAGUAAGCGGUGAUAUAUUUGAAAAAGAAUCCGAAAACCAAUGUAUUUUACAAGAAUCUGAGAUCAAUCCUUCUGAUACAAAUAAAACAGUAGAUAUGGAUAUAAAGGAUGAUAGUAUAGAAAAAACAGAUGUAGAGGAAAUUUGUAGUAACUCAGAAGAAGUUAGAAAUGAUAUUCACUGUGAAGGUGAUAGUAAUUACAGUAAACACUGUGAAAAGUCACAAGUUAAUUAUGCCAGAGCAUUAGAAAAUAUUCAUGUAGAUUUAUUUAGUGAGUCGUAUAAAAAGCAAGCAAUACCUUUGGAAACUCAAGAGGAGAAAGAUUGUAAUACUGAAUGCGAAGAAUCAAUGCUUCCUGGAAGAUCGGAUACAGAUCAUGCUGAUGCAUUGCUGGGUGAUAAUGAGCAUGCAUUAAAAUCCAUUGGCGUUCGAAAUCCAUUUAAAAAACAACAAUCCGUUUCGAGUUUGCGAAGCAUUGAUAGUAUUCCCGGAUGCAUGGGCAGCAGCAGCAUGAAGAAAUGGAAUAAUAUUCAAGACCUAGAUGAUAUUUCUAUGUCUUCGGGGGAAUUUAGAGGGAAUUGGGUAAUGGGGGAUUCAGACGCAGAAUCGUUACCUCCAGCUCAAGAGAACAAUCUGCAAACUCAAGUUUACUCAACGAAUUCACCUCCAGAAUCUAUUGCAAGCAGCUUAGCAACGACAUUAUCGAGUAACAUAGAGACUGAUUUAAUUCCAUCUAAAGAAAAUUCCGAAAUUAUCGAGAAUGAGAAGCCGAUAAUUGAACGGAUGAAAGAGAUACAACCUAUGUUAGAACCGAUCAAGAUAGAAACACCCAAAGAAGGCGAUGUUAACGACCUGGAAACUGAAUGGCAAUACCAAUUACCAUCUCCGCCCACGGCUUUCAGAGACUCAAGUCCAGUAACUGAGAAUUUAACAAACUACGAAUCAACUGAACCUGAUCAUUUCAAACCAGAUUCCGUUAUCACAAGUCCAGAGCUGUUUGAAAAAUUGAAGCUCGUGAAAGAAGCUAAAUCAGAAAUAUCGGAAAAUCAGAGCGAGGACGAUAAACCUAUCCUCAAUAAACUAUCUCUUGAAAAUUUAGAGAAGCGCAAAUCAUUAGUUUAUAACAGAGAAUUAGCAACGAGUUUGAAAUACAAAGAUGAUGAAUCUGCUGUUAAAAGUCAAAAAACAGAUUCUAUAUCAAGCAAAAGGUCGAGCGUCAUCAGCGAAUUAGAAGAAGUAAUUAACCAUCCGAAACCUAUUAACUUGACUAGAAGCAAUAGCAAGGCUGAUAAUUUCAUUCAAGUUGAAAGUGCUUUACCAAAUUUCAAAAUUACCACUUACGAUAUGCCGAAAAAGAAGAUUAACAUAUUCGAAGAUGAUAGUAUUCGUAGUAAUUCUGAAACUAAUAAUAAUGUCGUCAAAACACCGGAAGAUACGAACUUGUAUAAAAAAUCUGAAGACGUGUUUAAAAAACCGCAAGAAAUUAAUAAAUAUAGAUCUAAGACCAUGGCGAGGUCAAAAACCACAGACAACUGUCUGACUAGGUCAGAAUCGUUUUCAAUGAGUAAUUGGGUCCCUGCCAAUCCAGUCAAACGAUCAAAAUCGCAGGUCGGAAUUAGUGAAUAUAUUGAGGAAAAUAAAAUGAGUAAAUCUAACAGUUUGUUUGAUGUAUCUGGAUUACAAAGUUUAGAGGUAAUACGCAAUAUUCAAAUGAAAUUAAAGCAAGAGAAGGAAAUAAAGCAAGAGAAGGAAAUCAAAAAUAAUAUUGAAAAGGCGAAGGAUGUUAAGGAGAAGGCAAAGACAGUGUCGCAGUCGCAGUCUUAUGUAAGUCGCGGACCACCUUCUAUUAAUUUAGGAACUUGGUCCGAAAGACCGAAGUCACAAAUUAGUCUUAAAGAAGACACCGAUUACAAGUUUAAUACAGCGAACCUGAAACCCACCGAAACAAGUAUUAAACAAGUGGAAAUUAAACGAUCGACUUUCAAACAAACCGAUUUAAAUGGGGUUAAUGUAAGAGUAAACGCGUCUGAUGAGAAAACGAAUGUAAGUAUAAAAGUGAACGGUUCCGAGACAAUUUCCUCGCAGCCAUCAGGAAACGUAGUUAUUAAAAUUGGAGGCAGCGAACAAUCCAAUAACGAGGAUUUCUCCAAGAGAUUUAUUAAUCAUACGACAGCUGUGGGAUAUAGGAAACCUUUGGGUAAUAUAAAUAAAGUAUCCACGAGGCCCCAUUCGAUAGCUCACGAUGAUGUAUCGAGACUUCCGAUUGUCCGAUCAGUUGAACUGAAGAAGCCGUUCAAAGACAACCAAAUAAAUACUUCUAUAACGCAAAUUAAUGGUGAAUCGAAGCAACAGCCGUUCACCAAUUCUCAAGUGUACGUAACGUCGGAACCGAUAAGACUAAACAGCUUCAAUCAAGCGCCAGUAGUGAAGGGCUUUAAACAAUCCGAAAGCAAUAAGAACAUGUGGAACAGUUACAAAACCCUUCCGAUGAAACCAACACCGAAGAUGGAUACGCCGACCACCAAUCAGAACGUGUCGUUCUCUCAGAGAAACUUAAGGAGAACAGAGUCCAUCAAAAAUACUCCAACCAGUAACAAUAAUAACAUUAAUAAUACUAAUAGUAAUAGCAAUUUAUUCGAUCACGUUGUCUUGAGAAAUACGCAAAAUUCUUUCAACAACAACAACAAUAAGCGAUUUUCAACUGGAAUGAUGAUGUCAAACAUCAACAUGAAUAAUAAUAUUAAGAAUGUGGAGAAACCACCACCACCUCCAAUAAUGCCAAAAGUAAACGGUUUUAGUCAAAAUAAGAAACCGGAAAAGAUGGUGGUGGAUCCACGAGAUGAGUUGCUUAGUGCUAUCCGAGAUUUCGGAGGAAAGAAAGGACUGAAAGCAGUUAAGAUUUAAACGUUUUGUUAUUUGAUUAUUAUUAUUUGUUUAUGUUUCAUGUAUAUAUUAGUGUACGAGUUAAUCCAACCUUAUAGUCAUUUAUUGUUUGUAUCUAUUUGAAUGAAAAGCUCAAUUUAAGCGCUUACUGUUCUUCUAUUUCCUUUUAGUAUCGUGUAUUAUUUUUUUUGUCUGUAUUAUAUUAGUUUUUAAAAAGAACACAUAUUAUUAUACUUAAAUGGAAAAAAAAACACAUUUUUAACCUGCAUUUUGGGUAUCAACGAAACGACUAAAUAAAACUGAGAACAGAUGUAAUGGGACCAAAGGUAUUGUGGAAUAUAGAUUAUUUAUUUUAU